ACAUGGCCGCCCCCACGCCCGCAGACUCCAGCGCGAUCUCUGCAGAUCAACUUAUCACAUCUACGGUAGAAAUCGGUGACGGUUCGGUCUCAGAAAAUGGAGACAAACGCAGUGAAAAUGCCUUACCUGAAAGGGAACCAGAGAAGGACGAGCCAUUUAAGAAACCGGCUAUUUUGGCGGCGCCUUCUUUGGCCAACAAACACAGCAGCGCCAGAGCGCCUUCAGCUGUCACUGGUGUCACUGGUAGCGUGAAGGAAGAAACACCAGCAGAAGAUGCUGCUCCUAAGACAAAAACCCUGGACAAAGGGGAGGAUGACAGUAGUGAACCCGUUAAAAUCAAAAGAGAGGCUAAAGCUGCCCGGGCAGCCCCGGCGGGGAAGUUCCCCCCGGUCCCGUACUCGGAGCCGGAGUGGGGGGGCGCCGCCCCCGAGUCCCGGUACGCGCUGGAGAUCCUGAAGAACGGCACCGUGGUGGACUCGGUGGCCCUGGACGGCCGGAGCUACUUCCUGGUGGGCCGGCUGCCCGUGUGUGACGUGUCCCUGGAGCACCCGUCCAUCUCCCGCUACCACGCUGUGCUGCAGUACCGGGGCCGGGCCGGGGAGGACCAGGACCAGGACCGGGACCAGGACCGGGACCAGGGCCGGGACCAGGGCCGGGGCUUCUACCUGUACGACCUGGCCAGCACCCACGGCUCCGUGGUGAACAAGAGCAGGGUCCCCCCCAACACUCACAUCAGGAUCAGAGUGGGACAUGUGCUCAAGUUCGGGGGGAGUACCAGGUUUUUUGUCCUACAGGGUCCAGAGUCUGAUGAGGAAGAGGAAUCUGAAUUUACAGUGACGCAGCUAAGGGAGCGAGCUAAAAAACAGAAAGAGGAUCUUGAGAGGAGGAUGCUUGGAGAAGUUUCUGAUGAGGAGGAUGGGACGGAAGAGGAAGGUCAAAGUAACAAGGAGCAGAACAAAACAUCCAGAAAAGACCAUGGUUGCACGUGGGGGAUGGAUGAAGAUGCAGCUCCAGAGGAAGAUGAGAAUGAAGAAAACCCAUUUUCAACAGAGUUCCGCGAGGACCAGGAAGCGGCAUACCUUAAAGAUCCAAAGAAGGCUUUGCAGGGAUUCUAUGACAGAGAAGGGGAGGAGCUGGAGUUUGAGUAUGAGGAUAAAAGUCAUGGCUCAUGGCUCUGCAGAAUCAAGCUGCCAGUGGACGAUGCUACGGGCCAUCAGCUGGUUGCUGAGGUGACCCACACAGGGAGGAAGAAGGAGGCAGCCGUGCAGUGCUGUCUGGAGGCUUGUCGAAUGCUGGAGGCCAGAGGGAUGCUGCGGCAGGAAGCAGUGUCACGCAAACGCAAAAAGAAGAACUGGGAAGAUGAGGACUACUACGACAGUGAUGAUGACACCUUCCUGGACCGAACUGGUACUGUUGAGAGGAAGAGGCAGGAACGAAUGAAGAAGGCAGGAAAGAUUGAGGAGAAGCCCGACACCUACGAGUCAUUGGUAGCCAAACUGUCCACGGUGGAGAAGGAGCUGGAAGAGACUCGAAAAAAACUCCGUGUUGGUAAAACAGAUUCCUCAGGUUCCUCCACCGAGGACUCCCUGGAGGCCUUCAUGACGGGAGUGAGGAGCGAGGCGGCUAUGGACGCGGUGGAGCGCAGGAAGCUGCACGUGCACCUGGCUGACCUACUGAAAGAGGCUCAGAGUCUCCGUAAGCUGGUGGAACUGACACGGCCAGCGCAGAUGCCCUCCCUGCUGCCCAGUGGCAGCUCAGAGGCAGAGAAACCAAAAAAGACGUUACCACUCUUUGGAGCCAUGAAGGGAGGGAACAGAUUCAAACUGAAAACUGGCACCAUCGGGAAGUUGCCUCCUAAGAGGCCGAACCUACCGGCAGAGCUCUUUGACAUGAAGAAGCUUCCAUCUGGUGGAGAUGAGGAGGAGGAGGAGGAAGAAGAGGAGGAAGACGCAGAGAAAAAGGAGGAAGAUGGGGAUGAGUGUAGGAAUGUGGAGCUUAAACCUGACCCUGAACCACCUGGUAUCUCCACAUCCACAGAUAAGGCUCCUUUGGGACAACUGAAAGAUGAUUCCCACAAGGUCAAAGGUGAGAGAAGCAUUAACUCCUGAAGGAAUGCACAGCUUCAAGCGCCUCUAAAGCCUAUAGUUAGUGUUAGUCCCGUGUCUAAAACAGAGGGUGAAACGGAGCCAGCAGCAGACCCCAGUUCCACAAAGAAGAAGAGGGUGAUGGGUCCCAGCAGGCCUCCAGUGCAGCUUUCAGGAUCGUAUCCAGAGGAUGACCCAGAUUAUUCAGUGUGGCUGCCUCCUGCAGGUCAGACCGGAGAUGGUCGCACCCAUCUAAAUGACAAGUAUGGUUACUGAGGAGGAACAUAUAUAAGAGCUCUUCUGUCUCCAUUCCAGCGGCGUGUACAGAGCAGAUAAAAUCUGCACCACAAAGCCUCCAGUUUCCUCAGCUCUGACCAUCGACCCGCCCGGAGCCUCUGCGUGCUCAGAGAUCAGGACGAUACAAUGGAACAAUACCGCUUUCAUCCAUCUCAUAUCUCAGACUGUGACAAACACAAAGUGCAGUAUUUCAGUUCACAUCAGAAGUGACGGAGCAGACUGUGGGCAGUCGUCCUGCUGGCGCUUCUCACCCCUGAUGGGAAUGGAGAGGGGCAGCGCUUGGACGUCGUUGUUUUGAGUUCUACGCCAUCCAAGCAGAAAAUAGGAGGUGGCGUAGCAAGAGCAGCAACUGAUCUCAAUUUCUUUUUCUAGUCUUUUGGCUGCUCGUCUCGCAGUUAAACCAACCUGAUAUCCAAUCUGCAUCCCCUCCUCUUGUUUGGCUUCAGACGAUUGCUGGCGUAACCUUUAAUUUUUGUAUUUUUUUUUUCAUCUAAAAGGAUGGAGUGUGUAGUAGGGAGGGAGAAAGAGAGGGAGCAGCUUUUCUGACCAUCUGGACACUUGGAUGGAUUACCGGUUGAAACGUAAGCUGAUAAUGACUCAGGCUAAGUGGAGCGUGUGUGUCUGUAUUUGCGCGCACACACUGGACAACCUUUUGAAAGUUCUCUUUUUAACAAGAUUGUGUUCAUGAUUGAGUCGGCGGAGUGUUUGCUCGGAGCGGGAUUCCUCACUGAGAAAUCCCACUUGGUGUUUUUAUCUUGUUUUGCUGCCACACUUCCCACACAGUUUUUUUUUCUUUUCUUUUUUGUGCAGCACAAACAUUAAAUGUAAACUGUCUUUCAUUACAUAAAUGUACAAUAAAAAUGAGUGUACAGAGCCUGCAAGUU